GCAAACAUCUCCAUCUUUUAACAGUCCGCCACAUUUCACCAGAGUCACGCAGAGUGUGUGUGCGUAUGCGUGUGCAACCGAGACGAGACAUAGACACAGCGCAGAAGAAGUCAAACAGUGAGCGAAAAGGGAUUUAAAGAUCAGCUGAGAGGCUGAGAGAAAUAUCUGCAUAUACACGUAGGUGACUUUUCACCUCACACCGAACCUGCAGGAUGUUUAAGAAAAGCACCAAGGAUGCCACCAAGGACAGCAGCACCUACAAGGCUUCGUCCAAGAUGACAAAGUCUCAGGUGAAUGACCUGACCUUAUUGAUCGCCCGCAUGCAGAAGAAUGCUGACACUGUGGAAAAAGACGUGCUGAGGGCUGAAGACCUGAUGGUCAUUGAUGCAGAAAAUGACAAGAAGAAUAUUCCCUUUAAAUACCAGAAGGAAAAUUCUGAUUGCCUGGCUGAGGCCGAAGGGCUCCUCAAGGAUCUUUUCCUGGAUUUGGACAAGGCCAAGAAAAUGAAACACCCACAGACAGGAGACAUAGAGAAAGAUGUAAGUCGACUUCAUGAGCGCUGGCUGAAGGACUGCGUGUUUUACCGUGAACUCUACAAGCAGAUGAAUGAGGUCGGCCUUCAGCCGCGCAUCAACUGGAUCCAGGUGUUCAACCAGAAACAGAAAGAGGUCAACUCAGAGGCGUAUGGGCCCACCAUGUCUGAACUGGAGAAGCAGAUCGCAGCCCACAAUAUACUACACAAGGAGAUCGAAGCCUACAGCACGCAGCUCAGCCCAGACAGCACCAGCUCUAAGGCGGAAUAUGCUGAGCUGAAGAAGCAAUACGCCAAUCUCUUGGACAACUCCAAAUGGCGUCAACACUACCUAAACAGCUUGUACGACUACAUGCAAGGCUGUAAUAAAGAGUUAGGCUACCUGAAUGACGAGCAAACUAAGAUCCUUCAACAGGACUGGAGCGACCGCAUGGUGGAUCCGCCUGACGUCCGGCGCCGCUAUGAGAUCUUUAAAAACAACAGCUUGCUGUCUCAUGAGAGCGAGGUGAACAAGCUGCAGGAUGAUGGAGAUCGUCUGAUAGAGAUGAAACACCCCGCAGCGAACACCAUUCAGGGCCACAGAGACACGUUGAGGAACGAAUGGCAGAAAUUUCUGAACCUCUGCAUCUGCCAGGAAGCACACCUGGACAAUGUGGAGGAAUACAAAAAGUAUCAACUGGAUGCCGAGACCUUGUCCGAAUCAUUGACAGGCCUCAGUUCCACACUGGACCCCAAAACUCUGUCUAAGAAGUCUAACACUGAGGUUCAGCUCCAGCUAGAGGCAGAGGAAAGGCCUCUUCAGCGCUGUGAGCAGCUCUUAGCAGAUCUGAGAAAGCGUAGCACUAUCGUCGCUCCUCUCAAACUCCGCCGCACAACCCCUAACCGAGCCACCACCAUCGAGUCUCUGUGUGACUGGAACACACCCAAGGCCUCCAUAUCCAGAGGCGAGAAGCUCGCCUUGAAGUCCAACAGUAACAAUGCGAAAUGGGAUGUGCAUUCGAGUGACGGGGCCGUCAACUCAUUUCCUGGAGUGUGCUUCCUGAUUCCUCCACCUGACACAGAGGCUAUUGACAGAGUGGACCUGUUGGGCAAAGAGCUGGAUGACCUGAAGAAACGGCGUGCAGCAAUCAGGGCCUCGCUGAAAACUCAGGCCCCUGAGACGUCACGAGCAGUGCAAUCAGCUCCUUUAUCGAAAUCUCUGGACAGCCCUAAAGCUAAAGAACUCAGUGGACACCUGAAUCAGUUGGACAAAGAUCUGGCCCUUGCGGAACAGGACAUGCUGAACCGAAUGAGAGCUCCACUGAACAGCAGCAACCCUGGUGCAGAUCUUAGUAACCGCUUGAAGGAACAAGAGAAAGCUGCAGCGGCUCUGCGGCAGCUGGAGCAGCAAAAAGCAGCUGUACAGAAGCAGCUUGAGCCGCUCAUAUCCCAGGACUUCAAUGGCCCAGUGUCCUCCAGUUUGCCCGAUAAACUGAGCCAGACCAACAACAAACAAGCCAGCCUGGCGGCUCUUAAUGACCUCUACACAAAGAAGGCAAAUGCAUCCCUGAACUUGGAGAACCAAAUAAGAAAAGUUGAUGGGAUAGUUUCUGGUUAUGAGAAACAGCUGAGCAGAGAUGGUCCUGUUUUAGAUUUUCCCAACAGCCUUCAGAAACGCAACCAAGAAGUGCAGAAUCUGAGAAAAGAUGUGGCUGCAGCCCAACCUGAGAUGCAGAAGCUAAACAGGGACUUGGAGACGACCGAAAAGCUGUGUAGUUCCCUCCAGCAGGGAUAUCAGGAGUACUGCCCUGACAUACGCAGACAGGAGGCUCAGGUUAAAAGCCUGCAGAACCGCUAUGCUAACCUAAACAACCAGCUGGUAGACAGGGAGAGCCUUUUGCAAGGGGCUAACAGCAAGCAUAAUGACUUCCAAAACAGCGUCCAAUCACUUGACAUGUUUCUGGACAAUUUGCCCAACAACAAGAUCAGACCUUCGGAUAAUAUAUCCGAAGUCCAGGCAAAGCAGACUUCUCAAGAGAGAGUAGUAGAGGACAUUAAAAGGAAAGGUUAUGAAGUGGACAGGAUGGUCGAUCUCUCUCAGGAUCUACAAGAUAUCCUCAGUGAAUACAGUGUCAACUCUGACAAGUACCGAGCUACUCUGAAAAACCCUGACGUAGCAGAUAGUCGAACAGUGUCCAUCCCUACUCUGUCAGAGUCUGUGACAAAACAGGAAAAAGCUCUAGUGAACCGCUAUGCUAACGCAGCAGCUUCAAAUGACCAGCUUCUCAAGCAGAUGGACUUAGCCAAGAGUCUUCUUGCACAAAAAGAGGAGACAGUAGCCAUGGUACAACAGAAGCAGCAACUGCAACAAAAAAGCGCAGUAGAGGUUGAUACUAUGCAGAGGAAACUUGAAGAGGAAAUUGGCAGACGGAACCAGGUCGAAAAUGAACUUAGAGUGUUUCAAGAUAGGAUGUUGUCCCUCAAGAGCAGAAAAGGUGUCGAACGUGUGGAAGAGAAGGAGGUCGUAAAGUAUUACCGUGAUCCGAAGAUUGAGGCUGAUUUAAACAGCUUUCAGAAAAAAGUCCACGAGGAGGCCUUGAAUCGAACCGGAAUCCAAAGUGAGAUUGAGGUGAUAACCAGAAAGAUUUCCAAUGUGGAAACAGAACUUAAGAGUGUGCAGCCAAAACUGGUGACUAGAGAAGUGACCAAAUAUGAGAGAGACCCUCAGUUGGAUGUGGAUGCUAAAAUACUGAGGGACGAGAUAAGCAGACUGAUGAAUGAGGUUAAAGUAAAAGAAAGCCAUGGAGGUCAACUGAAAUCAGAGAUGAUAUUCUUGGAGCAAAAGAGGCCCACUAUCAAAGAAAAGGUGGUACAGAAGGAGGUUGUCAGAGUAGAGAAAGAUCCUGAGAUGCUGAAGGCUGUUAUGAAAUAUAAGAUGGAAAUUGAAGAUGAGGUUGAAAGAUCCCGUACUUUGUCCAAUCAAAUAGUCCAAACCAAUAGUCAGAUUACCAGUCUUGAAAGACUCAUUCCUACCAUUGAGCCCAAGUAUGUGACCAAAGAAGUGAAGAAAGUUGAACAAGACCCUAAACUCUUUAGUGAGUCUAGCAACCUUCGAGCUUCAAUAGAGGAAGAACAACACCAGAAUAAAAUGCUUUUAAAUGCGAUAUCUGACCUUAAGGCACGUUAUGCCCAAAUUGAGCUGCUCAAACAGAAGAUAGACAUCAAGGAGAUCGUUAAUGAGAUCUACAGGAUUUCCCCAGAGACUGAAGCAGAGAUAGCACGACUGAGGAGAGAAUUCCAGGAUACUAACAGGCAGAUUUCUGAAUACGAAAGAAAGCUUAAUUUGGUCCGAAUUGAUUUGGAAGCUCUCCGCUCUCAGAAGCCAACAAUCGAGUAUAAAGAAGUAGUUCAAGAGGUGGUGAAAGAAGAACGUAGCCCAGAGAACCAGAGAGAGAUUCAAAAGCUCUCCGACCAAGUCUAUUCACUUCAAAGAAGCUACACUUCCUUAGUAGACGAGCUGAACCGUCUCAAGCGAGAACGGGAUGAACUGAGGAUAGAGAAGUCAAAGAUAGAGACUAAGGUGGUCACUAAAGAAGUGGUCAAGUAUAUCAACGAUCCACUCUUGGAGAAGGAAGCAGAUCGUCUAAGGAAGGAGGUACGCGACGAGGCACAAAACCGCAGAAGCAUAGAGGAAAUGGCAUUCGAUCUUCAGAACAAAUACAUACUGCUGGAGAGACAAAGGCCAGAAGAGAAGGUGGUAGUAAAUGAAGUGGUGAGAUUAGAGAAAGAUCCAAUGCAGAUUAUAGAGCUUGAGAGGCUAGGAAGGACUCUGGAUGAGGAAGUAAAAAAUCGUAGGAAGGUGGAACUGGAAGUUCAGAGAUUAAGAGCUCUGAUAGAGGAUUUAGAGAGGACUAUUAGGGACAGUGAAGAGAGGCAAAAGAAGAUACAGGUGGAGACUGAGUUGUCAAAAAUUAAAUACCGUAUCAAUGAGCUAGAGAACGCACCCCCACCUGUGCAGGAGUAUAUUGUUAUGGAAGAAGUUUUGAAAGUAGAGAGGGAUCCAAAACUGGAAAAACUGAGCAGUGGCCUGAGGACAGACUUUGACGACGAGAGCAACAAUGUCAUGAGGCUGGAGCGAGACAUCAGGAAUUUGAAAAUCCAGAUCGAGCUCGUGCAAAAAGAGAAAUCUUAUGAGAGAACGAUCUACAAAGAGGUGGUCAGGGUAGAAAAAGACCCAGCAGUAGAGACUCAGCUCUCUCGCUUAAGAGAGCAGGUGCUCCAGCAGAGAAACGCCAGAUUAGAUUUGGAGGAUGAAAUGCGUCGUGUUAAUGAGAAACAGGACCGACUGCACAGCAGAAGAACAACGACUUCUCAAGAGGAGACUAACCUUAUACGUCAAAGGGAUACCCUUCUAAAAGAAAAACAGGAUCUCCAACGACAACUGAGAGAUCUGGAGGGCAAUCAGAAAGAAGUCAGCAUAUCAUUCCAGCAGCAAUCCAGGCUCAUGAGUGAAAGAUCUCAAAUGAACAGGCAAAAAAGCAUCAAGAUAGAGUCUGAUAUUCAGCGCUUGGAGAGAGAAAUUCUGGACGAGAAGGACCGGAUUAACAAGCGCGAAAACACAGUCAGUGAGCUGAGGAACAGCCUGAAAAAAGAGGAAAGUGCUUCAGAAACGCGUACGCAGGAGAAAAACGUCUCCACCAAAAUUAGCAUCCUGGACCCUGAGACCGGUAAAGACAUGUCACCAUAUGAUGCUUACCGUCGAGGGCUAAUUGAUCGUACACAGUACAUCAAUUUGCAGGAGCUGGAGUGUGACUGGGAGGAGAUCACUACAAUGGGACCUGAAGGCGACACGUCUGUAUUGCAAGAUCGCAAGAGCGGAAAGCAGUACUCUAUUAAAAAUGCUCUCCGAGACGGCAGAUUGACUCAGUAUCAGUUACAACAAUAUAAAGAUGGAAAGAUGCACAUCUCUGAGUUUGCCCUUCUCGUGGCUGGAGAAAAGAAUAAGCCAUCUACACUCACACCAGUUACCAGCCAAACCACUUCACAGAAACCUCCACCUUACAAAAAAUACUCCGCUGAAGAGCAACUCCCGAUUUGUGGAAUUUAUGACAAAGAUACCGACACAAGCCUUUCGGUGCGCUCGGCCCUGGCGCGAAAGAUGAUUGACCCCACUACAGCUCAGAGGUUGUUGGAGGCACAAGCAGCCACUGGUGGUAUUGUGGAUAUUAACAACCGAGAAAGAUAUUCAGUUCAUAAAGCAGCGGAGCGAAGCCUGGUAGAAUCUAGCCAGCUGCAGCGCUUGCUCAAUGCACAAAAAGCCUUCACUGGGGUCGAAGAUCCGGUAACUAAACAACGUCUGUCGAUUGGAGAGGCAGUUCAGAAGGGGUGGCUGCCUAAAGACACGGCCAUGCGUUACAUGGAGGCGCAGUUUGUGACCGGUGGCCUCGUCAACCCCAACCAACCAGGCAGAGUAAAAAUAGUAGAUGCGGUCAAAGAAAAAAUGAUCGACAAUACGAUGAUGAGAGAGAUUCAGGAAGAGGCAAACCACGUCAAGGACAUAGUGGAUCCAAUUACAAAGCAGAAAAUCAGCUACAAGCAGGCCAUGGCGCUUUGCAAGGCAGAUUCAUACUCAGGCCUUCCUAUGCUUCCCGCAGCAUCCACUGAUGCCAGCUUCAUGCCUUCGUACAAGAGUCACAAAUACAGCAACUUCUCUUAAGACAUUCUCUUUACAUCCAAAGUGAAGAGCACAGCAGGUUCUGAAGAUUCUUUCAAACAAACAAUAAUCCACUCGGUGCAAAUAUUAAUGUUUAUACUAAUGAUGCUCAGAUUGAUAAAUCUCAGGAAAAAAACUGCCAAAUUACACCACCUGUGUAAUAUCUAAUAAUAUUUGAGCACAAAUGUCUUAAUGUUAGUUACUAAAAUUUUGUGUAAUUUUUCACAGCUUAUAGGGAUUACUCUGCAUUUUGCUUAUUGUACUAUCUGGCAUGAACUGGCUCUUUUUAAUAUACAGUAAAUAACUAUUAGAACAUUUUGGAUAGAACAGCAUUUAUUUAAGGGCUUUGACUGCUGCUGUGGAGAUAUUUGUUUACGAUAUUUGCAUGAAGUAAGAAAUAACCAUAUAUAAAUAUUAAUCAGUUAUAUAAAAAAAAGCUUUUGCCAUUUAUUUUAAUUGGGAUGAUGGGCUGUUUUUUUUUCUCUUGUUUGCUUUAAAUAACAAUAAUUAUUUAAAUAAUGUUUUUAAGAAAUUCAAUAAUUCGUUAAGAAAUUGUUAUAAAAUAUAUAUCAUCGUUUAUUGAAAUGUUAAAGAAAAAGUUCUUGUCUGGUUAAUACAGAAGCAAAUAAAACAACCAGUAAAUACAA